AUGACGGAAGAUGAAAUUGUUUCAGAACUCAAAUAUCAAGGAGUACAAGCCGUCAAACGUUUCACCCGAAAGGAUGAAAAAUCAAAUAUUGUCCUAACGAACACAUAUUUGUUCACGUUUGCUCGUCCAUCAGUUCCAACUUCAAUUAAAGCAGGUUAUGUCAACAUCGGAGUGGAUGUGUAUGUCCCCAAUCCACUCCGAUGCUAUAAAUGUCAAAAGUUUGGUCACGGUUCAAAAACCUGUAGACGCCCCGUUGCUUGCCAUCGUUGUGGUGGCAAACAAGAGAGUGCGGAGUGUACUGAAGAUCUCAAAUGUUCAAACUGCGAAGGCCAACAUAUGGCCUCUUCCAAAUCCUGUCCUGUGUAUCAAACCGAGACCAAAAUACUGAAACUUAAAUGUGAAAAAAACAUCUCUUUUGCCGAUGCUAGAGAGCUUGUUGCCAGUCAGUCAACAGCUCCUUCAACUCUAAAUUAUUCUGCUGCUGUGUCCAAAUCUGCAAAAACAUUUUCAUCUGUUCUGUGUCAAACCGAUUUGACAUGGGUCAAUUCUGACCGACCUGUUACAAGUGCUUCUGUCCGUGACAUUCCAAUCUCUGACAGUAACUCCGCAUCAUCACCAUGUUGUGUUCAGGCUGAAACACAGACUUCAUCUGAGGCAUCUCCUGACGAGCCAUCUGUUCAGGAGCGUAAAUUAUCAAAAAAGCAAAGGCAAAGGUUAAAUAGGAAACAAUCACCUAGCACCCUCUCUUCUUCGGAAGUGUCUCUUCAGAACUCCUUUAGUGCUCUAGACAUGGAGGUGACUCCAUCGUUAGGCACUAGCGAUAGGAGUUCAUCUUCCUCACGUUCACGUGAGAGAUCGCCAAUCAAGCCACCAUGA